GUUUGCUAUCUCACUGAAUUAUCUCCCAACAGGCUCUAACAAACACCACAAAGACGCGUUUCGCAAACAUUGUCAUCUGCAACACAAAAAUGGACCAAAAGUGGAUUCGUGUGCUGGUGAUUCUGCUGAUUUGUCGACAAAUGACUUCAGGAGCCGGUGAAGACGUAACUGUAAAGGAAGGGCAUCAGAUUGAUAUCAAUUGUACACCUGAAGGAACAGGCACCAUGGUCAUCUGGUUUCGAGUUCUCGACACAUCUAGUGUGGAAUUCAUUGCAUCUUUCAGCAACACUGGCGUCCUAAAGUCAUCCUCCACGUCCUUCUCUUCCACCUUCAGUCACUCACAGAGCAAGCAAAAUACCCUCACACUGAAGUUCUUUAACAAAGCUAAAGACAGUGGCGUUUACAACUGUGGGUCUCUCUACAAAGGUAAUGAGCUGAAGUUUGGCAAAGCAACCCGACUGGUUGGAGAGAUAGUCAAAGUCCCAGUAGUAGCACCACCACAGGCCACCACCACCCAACAGAAUCUAUGCACAACUGCCACGCCGUGUGUUUGUAGCAACACUAACAAGCCAGGGGAAACCAGUCCUCAACUAUUUUGUUCUCUCAUCAUACUGGGCCCUCUGGCUGGCGGCUGCGGCCUUCUUCUUCUACUCCUCAUCGCCACCACCGUCUACUGCAACCAAAUAAGGACACGGAGAUGCCCACACCAUUACAAAAGAAAACCACGGGUGGUGGCUCCUGGAAAACCAAAGAUGAACAACAGACACGUUUAAUCUAAAUAUGGUGCACUUUCACGGACGUUGCUUUCAAUGACAGAUUCAUCACUGUCUCAUGUUGCUAUUGCAGAAAUAAUUUUUCAUCUUCAGAUUAAUCACAUUUAUGGUGAAUAUUUUGCUGCCACCUUAAGUUUUCAUUGUUUGUGAUAGACAAUAAGAAGUGUUGAAAAAUCAUCAUUGUCAGUGGCUGCGUUACCACAUUCUGAUUGAACUCUUUUGAUGAUCUUGAUAUGAAAUAUGGAUUUAUCCAGUCCCCUGAAUGUUUAUAACAGAACCCACUGAAGACCUGAGAAUAAAAUAUUAGAAAUAAGCACAAUUUAUGUUUAUGUUGAGAUUUUUGCAAAAAGUGUAUAUAAUUAAUUUUGUUUUUGUAUAGAGCCAAAGCCAGUGUUAAACUGUUUGUUUUUCCAGCAGUCUCCGUAUAUUAUUUUUUUUUACCUUAAUGAUUGUACUGCGCUUUAUCUUUGUUAUGUUAACAUUUUCAAACAAAAACUUAAUUUGUCUUUAGCUUGAAAAAAAAUCCCAGUAACAAAAAACAAUAAAAGUAAUACAUUUCUCUGAUACCAGCAGGAUAAUUACAUUUUAUUUUAAGUAACAUUUCUCAUUAUGCAAAUUUCUACUGUUUCAAAGGAAUGAGGUUUUUUUUUUUUGUAAAAUUGAAGGUACAUUUUUGUAGAAUUCUCCCACUGCUUGAGUUUUUGUAACUUGAAAUGUUGUAAAAAAAAACCAAAAAAACUAAACUAAAAUAAAACAGAUUACCACUCAAAAAACAAUGGAUUUUAUUUGUCUUUAUUCUUGUUUCAUAUUUUUUUCUUUUUUUUUUGGCACAUCAAACCCACUCAUUUGCAUCCCCAUCAGUCAUUCAGGGUUUUGGUACAGAAACAUAAAGUUUGACAUGAAGCUCGAGCGAGAGAUAUUUGUUUCGUAAGCCCCCUCGAGUCAAAAGGAAGUGGGCUGCUACAACUGUACGCAGAGUGAAAAACAACGAAGCUGGGAGUAGAGACAGAAAUUUUCAGAGGAGAUUCUGUUCCCUGUUGAGUUUAAUACACACACACACACACACACACACACACACACACACACACACAC